UUUAACAAAGCUAUUCGUGUGCGUGUCAUCAUCAUCGCAGGAUGGAGUUAUCCGCGUUAUUUUCGUCGCCGUUUGUGCUGUUAUUGACUACUUUGAUAGUCCUCGGAGUUCUAAGACUUCUCUUUCUAGGACAUUAUUUGUUCUCUUACUGGAAGAAAAAAGGCAUACCUUAUAUUCCGAAUUCAUUGAAGGCUAUUUUAUUUUUGUGGAAACCGUUUCUCCGUUUAACCAGCUUUGCCGAUUUCACUCUGGAUCUCUACAACUAUUAUCCGGAUACCAGAUAUUUUGGAUCAAUUGAUUUCGCUACGCCUACUGUGAUUCUACGCGAUCCCGAGCUAAUCAAAGAUGUGACGGUGAAAGAGUUUGAGCAUUUUCACGAUCAUCGCACCUUUGUGGACGAAGAAAUAGAUCCGCUGUUCGGCAAGAACAUCUUCUCCCUGCGCGGGGAUCGUUGGAGAGAAAUGCGAAAUACCUUAAGUCCGUCCUUUACUGCCAGCAAGAUGAAGUUCAUGGUUGAAUUGAUAUCAAAAUGCGCCCAUGAGUUUGUCGAUUACCUGAUCGAUCAUCCAGACCUUUGUCAUUCUAUUGAGACAAAGCAAGUCUUUAGACGAUACACCACCGACGUAAUUGCCACAGCCGCUUUCGGCAUAAGUGUCAAUUCCAUGAAGGAACAAAACAACGAGUUUUACGUGAAAGGAGUGGAAGCCACAAAGUUUUCAAGUGGAGUGCUGAGAAUGGCGAAAUUCAUAUUUAUGCGCGCAUUCCCGCGAUUCUCCAAGUCGAUCGGCAUAAGUCUCUUCGCGCCAGAUAUAUCUGAGUUUUUCAAGAGAAUUGUGAGAGAGACCAUUAAAGCUCGCGAGGAGCAAGGUAUCGUUCGACCGGAUAUGAUUCAUCUGUUGAUGCAAGCUCGGGACAAAGAAAAUCCGAGCAUCCACAAGAUGACAUUGGACGACAUUGUUUCGCAAGCUUUUAUCUUCUUCUUCGCCGGUUUUGACACGUCUUCAACGUUAAUGUGUUUCGCCGCCCAUGAAUUGGCGGUCAAUCCUGAUAUUCAAGAUCGUCUGCGUAAGGAAGUAGAAGAGCAUAGCGAUGAAAACGGUGACAUCACUUACGAUUCGUUAUCAAAGAUGACUUACAUGGACAUGGUAGUUUCCGAAACUCUCAGAAAAUAUCCACCAGCGGUUAUAACCGACAGACUUUGCACGAAGAAUUACGAAUUGCCUCCGGCAAAGCCGGGUUAUAAGAGCGUUAUUGUCGAAGCCGAUAAUGUAAUAAUGAUUCCCGUUUACGGACUGCAUCACGAUCCCGCGUAUUUCCCGAAUCCGCAGAAGUUCGAUCCUGAAAGAUUCAACGACAAAAACAAGGACAACAUAAAUCCGUACGCUUAUCUGCCUUUCGGACUCGGGCCUAGAAAAUGUAUUGGCAAUCGGUUUGCUCUCAUGGAGACAAAACUUCUACUAGCUCAUCUUUUGCAAAAAUUCACUUUCAAGACCACGGAAAAGACCGUCGAGCCUGUCGUGUUCGACAAGAACGAAUUCGCGUUACAACCUGUCGGAGGAUUCUGGAUCUCCUUGGAGAAAAGAAUAUAAAUCUUGACUUAAGAUGCGAACAGAUGUCUACUUUUUUUAUAAUGUCACAUUAAGUAAUUCUGUCCUGUGUUAUCUAAUGUCAAAUUAAGUAAUUCUAUUACGCGUUACCAAAAAAAAAAA